AGAGGAGCUGCCACCAUGUCGGCGCACCUGCAGUGGACAGUCAAGAGGAACUGUUCGUGCUUCCUCAUCAAGAGGAACAAGCAGACCUAUAGCAUGGAGCUCAACAACUUGAAGGGCCCCAACUCCUUCCGCUACAGUGUUCUGAUCCACUGCAAGACGGUGGGCGUGGAGCCGGCUGCUGAUGGCAAAGGCAUGGUGGUCAUUAUGAAGCACAGGACUCACCAGUGGAAGCCAGCCACCUCCUAUGUGAGCACCAUCAACACAAACCCCCGGGCCACCCUGAGCAGCAUCCGCCACAUUAUCUGCAAGAACAAGUACUGGCCUGACCUGCGAAUGGGCGCCAUCCGCAGGGCCAGUGCCAUCCUGUGCAGUCAGAAGCCUGUGAUGGUCAAGAGGAAAAGCACCUGA